GGUGUAGUAAACACCGCUGCCUUUUGAUUGUGAAACUAGGGUCGGAAUCGUUCAAAUAAAACCUGUGCAAUGCUGUACACCUUUUUUCUUUCAUAAAGAGCCUAACCUGAGUUAUGUAGGUCAAGCCGUUUGCGAGCUAUUGAAGUUUAAAUGUCCGAAUGUCUGGCAAACAUUGAAUCUCAAACCAAUUUUACCACGGUGCCACACCUUGGCAAAACCGCGCAGCCAAACAACAGUUUACCAGUCACGGCAGGGUUCAAAUUAACAAACUGAAUUUGUGGGGGAGAAAAAAAGACAAACAACAUCACAGUGGAUUAUGACAAUUUCGGAAGUAUUUUGUGUGAUAAUAAAUGGGGACGUCUCUGCGCAGCCUAUCGGAUUCCAGGAUGAAAUAUGCAUCCAGAUGAAAAGACUGCAGUCCUUUCGCUAAUCCUUGUCUAUCCUUCUUAUCUCGGGACUCAUAGCAGUCUGAUCGCUAUGGGACAGCGAAGCCGUGGGACAAAACCGUGCAGAUGAUAUUUCGGUAAAUGACAAACGCAGGUCUGUUUGGCUUCAGUGGGUGCUGACUGGGUGCAUGCGGGCUAGCUGUGCAGUGCACGCAUAAAAGUGGGCCAAAAUGUUCCUCGCAUUCGUCUUGGGACUCUACCUGGCGACAGGUGCGCUACCCUCCUCGGCGAGCGCGUGCCCGCCACAGUGCAGCUGUUUUUUUCACAACCUAAGUGAUGGAUCUAUGGCCAGGAGCGUAAUUUGCAAUGACCCCGAGAUCUCCAUAGUGCCUGCCAGUUUCCCCGUGGACACGUCCAAGUUGCGAAUCGAGAAAACAGCCAUCCAUCGGAUCCCGAGCGAAGCCUUCAGUUACCUCCCCAAUCUGGAGUUCCUCUGGAUGUCCUUCAAUGUGCUGUCCUCUCUCAAGCCGGACAGUUUCCGUGGGAUGCUAAAUUUGGAGGAGCUGCGACUUGACGGGAAUGCCCUCACCGCGUUCCCCUGGGAGUCUCUUAUGGAUAUGUCCAGCCUCACGCUGCUCGACUUGCACAACAACCAGUUGACCUCAGUUCCCGCAGACGCCACAAUUUAUUUAAAAAACCUGACCUACCUGGAUCUGUCCAGCAACAACCUUCUGACUGUUCCGGCUGAGGUGCUCGCCACCUGGCUAACAGUUAAACCUGUGCAGGGCCCAGAGAACUCCAAAAUGAUACUUGGUCUCCAUGACAACCCUUGGCUGUGUGACUGCCGCCUGUAUGACCUGGUCCAGUUCCAGAAGUCGCCAACGUUCUCUGUGGCAUUAAUCGACACACGCCUCCGCUGUGCAGCUCCCGAGAGCCUGUCAGGUGUUCUGUUCAGCGAUGCCGAGCUGCGGAGGUGCCAGGCGCCACGCGUCCACACAGCGGUGGCGCACGUCCGCAGCGCCGUGGGAAACAACGUGCUGCUGCGCUGCGGGACCAUUGGCGUUCCCAGCCCGGAUCUGGCCUGGCGCAGGGCGGAAGGGAAAGCCCUGAACGGGACAGUCCAGCAGGAGAACUCCAAGGAAGGCAUUAUCUGGUCCAUCCUCAGUGUCCCAGCCGUGUCCUACCGUGACUCAGGUAAGUAUGUCUGCAAGGCCACUAACUACGCCGGAAAUGCAGAGACCAUCAUCUCCCUGGUUGUCUCCGACGCUCCCCCAAAACCCAACAAUAACAACAACCAAACCAGCGUGGUUGCUGCUACUGUAGAAAAAAACAAAGUCAACAAACCCAACGGGAUGGGGAAGGCAGCAUACCAGGAGAAACUGGUGGAUAGGUUAGUGGUUCCCACCCCCAAUCCUCCACCCCCACCUGCUGUUGUGGAUGCCAGCCCUGAGCCUGAAGGUGUGGUAGUGGGAAGUGUGGUAGAUAGAGCCACCCCUGGACCAGCCAAGUUGCCCAGUCCAGACGGACUCCUGGAGCUGGAGAAGACGAACCUGAGCAACCUGGCCCAGGCCCAGUAUGACCCGGACCGGAUAGUUCGCUCGGUCAAGGUGUUGGGCGACACGGAGAACACCAUCACCCUGAACUGGCGGGCACCCAAGGCCAAGAACACCACGGCCUUCAGUGUGCUCUAUGCCGUCUUCGGCGAGCGAGACAUGCGCAAGAUCAACGUGGCGGCGGGUCAGAAUCGGGUCUUCAUCGAGGGCCUGGUGCCCAAGACUAAGUACAUUGCCUGCGUGUGUGUCCGGGGCCUGAUCCCCAAGAAGGAGCAGUGUGUCAUCUUCUCCACCGACGAGGCGGCCAGUGCCGCUGGCACCCAGAAGCUCAUCAACGUCAUCGUGAUUACCGUGGCUUGUGUCAUUGCUGUGCCACUCACCGUCAUCGUCUGCUGUGGCGCGCUCAAGAGGCGCAUCCAGAAGAUGUGGGGCAAGAAGUCCAAGGACAUCCAGGACUCGUAUGUUACUUUUGAGACGCUGUCCCCCGGAACCAAGGCUAAAGGGUUGGAGGGUGAGUACCUGACCAGACUCAACCCUGAGGAGUCCAACCGGCUGCUAUCGGCCCGAUCCAGUCUGGACUCGGAGGCCACGGCUAAGAUAGAGGGUCAGCCCAACGAGUACUUCUGCUGACUUCAUGCUCCAGCUCACUCCCCAUGCCAUCUCCCAUACUCGCACCCUCUGGCUCAACACAUCUCCACACACACACCUCCUCUACAGCAUAGCCCCAGACACACACAUCAUCCCCAUCAUAGCCCCAGACACACACAUCAUCCCCAUCAUAGCCACACACACACACAUCAUCCCCAUCAUAGCCCCACACACACACCUCAUCUUCAUCAUAGCCCCACACACACACCUCAUCUUCAUCAUAGCCCCACACACACACCCCAUCUUCAUCAUAGCCCCACACACACAUCUCAUCCUCACACACCUUACUCCCACCACAGCCCCACACUCACAUCUCGUCCUCACCAUUGCUCCACACACAAACCUCGUCCCCACACACCUAAUCCUUUCUCUCAGCCUCACCAAAGCCACCCACACAUGUCCUAUACUCUCCCUCACUCUCAGCACAGUCCUACACACACAUCUCAUCUUCACCAUAGCCCCAGACACACACAUCGUCCUCACCCCUACCACAGCCCCAUACACAAACCUCACCCUCUCACUAAGUUUCACCACAGCCCCAAACACACACAUUGUCGAAAUGCUCAUCACAGUCCAACACACAUAUCUGGUUGUCUCCCUUUCUCUCACCGUGUUCCCCCCCACACACACAGGGCACAGGACUCUCCCCCACCUCUCCCACCAUGUUGGGCGCCACCACAUCAUGGGUUCUAUGAGAGGACGCUUGGACGAUGCACCAUCAUGGAAAUAUCAGUUUAAAGGAGUUUUGUCAUUUUUAUCCUUAGUUUUUUUACAUCUGAAAUGUAUAGUAUUUCAACAGAGAGAAUUUUAAUGAUGUAAUGUGUUUUUACACUUCUGGGGGACUAUCAGUUGUAAAUGAGCCCUCAAAUGAGCCCUACAGAUAGUAUUUCAUUUAAAUACAUGUAUCAUAGUUAAGUUAUCAAGUAAAAGUCUGAAAGAAGGACAUCUGGGCCAAUAUUCAUUAAAGGUCUCAAAGUAGGAGUGCUGCUCUGGGAACACUUUAGCCUUUUGGAUCAUAAUAAAUUAUAUAACAUGGACAGGGGGGACCUGGGGCCAUAUGCACAAAGUGUUUCAGAAAAGCGCCUAGGAAUCCUGUUAAAACCCGUUUUAAGACAAUAAUUUAAAAAAUCCCAGCUCAGAGUAGGUUUAAACUCUGAGCCAGGACGAAAAUCAACUCAUAAAAGUUUAUCCCAACUUGUAAUUACGCAAAGAAAUGAUAGUCAUGACACUCAUUGACAUUGUUGCAAAUUGGGGGAAUAACCAAUCACGUGUCACCGUGUGUGAACUCUAUAGCACACUUUAGAUACCCAAAGUGUAUGUGAUUGUACAUCAAGUAAUAUGAAUUUGAAAUUAUUUUCAAAAGUGCAAGAUAUACUGUUGCAGGUACUUCUAGAUAAUUUAUGGGUUGAUUAAAUAAAAAUAUCAAAACAUUCUUUCAACAACUCCAAAGCAACUUUCUGUAUAGCUAGUUAGGACCCCAAAUAUGAUCUCCUAAAUAUCUGUCGACUAGGCAGGACUCUUCCCACUGGGCACAGGCGUCAAUUCAACAUCUAGUUUUGAUUUAAUUUUGGUUGAGUUGUCAACUAACUUGAAUUCAACAAAAAAUGGCACCAUGUCAUUGGAUUUAGGUUAAGAGUUGGGUGAAAAAAAUACAAAAUUCCCUUGCGUUAACCACUUCAUCACAUUUAAUUUCUUUGUUGAAAUUACGUGGAAACAACAUUGAUUCAACCAGUUUUUGCCCAGUGGGUUAUGACUAAAAUGGCUUCAUGCAUAGAUUCUAGAUUAGAACUUCUACUCUGAAGGGCUUUAUGAAUCCUGGCCCUGGGCCCGAAUCCAAAAAGCAUCUCCGAAAAGGUAAUAGGAAUCCUGUUAUUUUAUUUAACCUUUAUUUUAACAGGGAAGACAUAUUGAGUCCUAGGUCUCUUUUGCAAAUGUGCCCUGUAUAUACAACAUAAAUAUACACAUUAUACCCAAACUAUACAGUACCAGUCAAAAGUUUAGACACACCUACUCAUUCCAGGGUUUUUCUUUAUUUUUACUAUUUGCUAUAUUGUAGAAUAAUAGUGAAGAUAUCAUCACUAUGAAAAAACACAUAUGGAAUCAUGUAGUAACCAAAAAUGUUUUAAUCAAAUCAAAAUACAUUUUAUAUCUGAGAUUCUUUAAAGUAGCCACACUUUGCCUUGAUGACAGCUUUGCACACUCUUGGCAUUCUCUCAACCAGUUUCAUGAUGCAUUCACCUGGAAUGCAUUUCAAUUAACAGGUAUUUGUAUUCAUUAUGGAUCCCCAUAAUAAAUGGUGUUCUUCCUUGGCCUAGAGUUGUCCAGGUUUGGCCAGGGUAGGCCGUCAUUGUAAAUAAGAAUUUGUCUUUACUGACUUGCCUAGUUAAAUAAAGGUGUAAUUUAAAAUUUUAUUAAAAAAUAUAUCAUCAAUUUCUCUCAGCCAAUCAUCAUUAAUUUGUGUAAGUGCCAUGCUUGUUGAAUGUCAUUCCCUAUAUGUGUGCUGAAAGUCUAUUUACUGUGAAAUAGCAUUGUAUCUGGUCAAACUCCAUUUUUCCCAGAGGUUUACUAAGUGUUGGUAACAGGCUGAUUGGUCACCUAUUUGAGCCAGUACUACUAUUCUUGGGUAGCGGAAUGACUAGCUUCCCUCCAGGCCUGAGGGCACACAAUUUCUAGAGGCUUAAAUUGAAGAUGUGGCAAUAUCGUCUGCUAUUAUCCUCAGUAAUUUUCCAUCCAGAUUGUCAGACCCCGGUGGGUUGUCAUUGUUGAUAGACACAUUUUUUCACCUCUUCCACACUGACUUUACAGAAUUCAAAGUACAAUUCUUGUCUUUCAAAAUUUGGGCAGAUAUACUUGGAUGUGUAGUGUCGGCGUUUGUUGCUGGCAUGUCAUCCCUAAGUUUGUUUAUCGUGCCAAUGAAAAAGUAAUUCAAGUAGUUGUGCCUUGUAAAAAGUUAAUUUGUGGAAUUUCUUUCCUUGUUAAUGCGUUUUAGCCAAUCAGUUGUGUUGUGACAAGGUAGGGAUGGUAUAUAGAAGGUAGCGCUAUUUGGUAAAAGACCAAGUCCAUAUUAUGGAAAGAACAGCUCAAAUAAGCGAAGAGAAACGGCAGUCCAUCAUUACUUUAAGAGAUGAAGGUUAGUCAAUAUGGAAAAUGUUAAGAAUUUUAAAAGUUUCUUCAAGUGCAGUCGCAAAAAACAUCCAGCGCUGUGAUGAAACUGGCUCUCAUGAGGACCGCCACAGGAAAGGAAGACCCAGAGUUGCCUCUGCUGCAGAGGAUAAGUUCAUUAGAGUUAACUGCACCUCAGAUUGCAGCCCAAAUAAAUGUAGCAAAUAAAGUAGCAGACUCAUCUCAACAUCAACUGCUCAGAGGAGACUGCGUGAAUCAGGCCUUCGUGGUCGAUUGCUGCAAAGAAACCACUACCAAAGGACACCAAUAAGAAGAAGAGACUUGCUUGGGCCAAGAAACACAAGCAAUAGGCAUUAAACUGGUAGAAAUCUGUCCUUUGGUCUGAUAGUCGAGUCCAAAUUUGAGAUUUUUGGUUCCAACCGCUGUGUCUUUGUGAGAUGCAGAGUAGGUGAAUGGAUGACCUCUGCAUGUGUUGUUCAUACUGUGAAGCAUGGAGGAGGAGGUGUGAUGGUGUGGAGGGUGCUUUGCUGGUGACACUGCCAGUGAUUUAUUUAGAAUUCAAGGCACACUUAACCAGCACGGCCACCACAGCAUUCUGCAGCGAUACGCCAUCCUAUCUGGUUUGCGCUUCGUGGGACUAUCAUUUGUUUUUCAACAGGACAAUGACCCAACACACCUCCAGGCUGUAUAAGGGCUAUUUGACCAAGAAGGAGAGUGAUGAAGUGCUGCAUUAGAUGACCUGGCCUCCACAAUCAUCCGACCUUAACCCAAUCGAGAUGGUUUGGGUUGGACUGCAAAGUGAAGGAAAAGCAGCCAACAAGUGCUCAGCAUAUGUGGGAACUCCUUCAAAACUGUUGGAAGAGCAUUCCUCAUAAAGCAGAUUGAGAGAAUACAAAGAGUGUGCAAAGGUUGGCUACUUUGAAGAAUCUCAAAUAUAAAAUAUAUUAGAUUUGUUUGACACUUUUUUUGGUUGCUACAUGAUUCCAUGUGUUAUUUAAUAGCUUUAUGUGUUAUUUAAUAGGUGUGUCCAUACUUUUGACUUUUACGUUAUAUACAGUUAAAGUCGGAAGUCUAAAAGUUUACAUACACCUUAGCCAAAUACAUUUAAACUCAGUUUUUCACAAUUCCAGACAUUUAAUCAUUUAAAAAAAUCCCUAUCUUAGGUCAGUUAGGAUCACCACUUUAUUUUAAGAAUGUGAAAUGCCAGAAAAGUAGUAGAAAAAUGAAAUAUUUCAGCUUUUAUUUCUUUCAUCACGUUCCCAGUGGGUCAGAAGUUUACAUACACUCAAUUAGUAUUUGGUAGCAUUUGCCUCUAAAUUGUUUAACUUGGGCCAAACAUUUCGGGUAGCCUUCCAUAAGCUUCCCACAAAAAGUUGGGUGAAUUUUGGCCCAUUCCUCCUGAACAGAGCUGGUGUAACGGAGUUAGGUUUGUAGGCCUCCUUGCUCACACACGCUUUUUCAGUUCUGCCCACAAAUUUUCUAUGGGAUUGGUUGGGAUUGACUAUGGCAUUGACUGUGUUGUCCUUAAGCCAUUUUGCCAUGACUUUGGGGUCAUGGCAAAAUGCUUGGGGUCUUGAACGUUUGGAAGACCCAUUUGCGACAAGCUUUAACUUCCUGACUGUCUUGAGAUGUUGCUUCAAUAUAUCCACAUAAUUUUCCUUCCUCAUGAAGCCAUCUAUUUUGUGAAGUGAACCAGUCCCUCCUGCAGCAAAGGACACCCCACAACAUGAUGCUGCCACCCCCGUGCUUCACGGUUGGGAUGGUGUUGUUCGGCUUGCAAUCCUCCCCCUUUUUCCUCCAAACAUAACGAUGGUCGUUAUGGCCAAACAGUUCUAUUUUUGUUUCAUCAGACCAAGAGGACAUUUCUCCAAAAAGUACGAUCCUUGUCCCCAUGUGCUGUUGCAAACCGUAGUCUGGCUUUUUUAAUGGCGGUUUUUGAGCAGUGGCUUCUUUCUUUCAGGUUAUGAUGUUAUAUAGGACUCAUUUUACUGUGGAUAUAGAUACUUUUGUACCUGUUUCCUCCAGCAUCUUCAUAAGGUCUAUUGCUGUUGUUCUGGGAUUGAUUUGCACUUUUCACACCAAAGUACGUUCAUCUCUAGGAGACAGAAUGAGUCUCCUUCCUGAGCGGUAUGAUGGCUGCGUGGUCCCAUGGUGUUUAUACUUACGUACUAUUGUUUGUACAGAUGAACGUGGUACCUUCAGGCAUUUGGAAAUUGCUCCCAAGGAUGAACCAGACUUUUGGAGGUCUACAAUGUUUUUUCUGAGGUCUUGGCUGAUAUCUUUUGAUUUUCCCAUGAUGUCAAUCAAAGAGGCACUGCGUUUGAAGGUAGGCCUUGAAAUACAUCCACAGGUACACCUCCAAUUGACUCAAAUGAUGGCAAUUAUCCUAUCAAAAGCUUCUAAAGCCAUGACAUCAUUUUCUGGAAUUUUCCAAGCUGUUUAAAGGCACAGUCAACUUAGUGUAUGUAAACUUCUGACCCACCGGAAUUGUGAUACAGUGAAUUAUAAGUGAAAUGAUCUGUCUGUAAACAAUUGUUUGAAAAAGUACUUGUGUCAUGCACAAAGUAGACAAACUUGCCAAAACUAUAGUUUGUUUACAAGAAAUUCAUUGAGUGGUUGAAAAAUUAGUUUUAAUGACUCCAACCUAAGUGUAUGUAAACUUCCGACUUCAACUGUAAAUGGCAAUUUCAAAUCCAACCACAACCCCUUAGGAUAACCGUCUCCCAACUGACGUGCUUAAAAGGGAACUUAUUGACAUCAUAGUUUUUUUCUUUGUAUACUGUAUAUGAUAUGUAUGUGUAUGAUUUGUAAAUCAUUGUCUGUACAAUUUACACUUAAAUUUAUAAACAUAUGCAUCUGUAUUUUUCAAUUGUAUGUUCUUGAAGAAGAUAUACAAAGGCAUGGUUCAUCACAACGAGGAAUGGAAGAAUGCUGGCUGGAGCUGGAGUGAAGUACACAACAGACUGAAAUAUGUAAAUAAAUAAGGUGAAAAUUAUGCAUGAUGAGAGUUAUUUAGGAUUGAGAAAAACGUAGACCUAUCAAAACUAUGUAUUUCUAUUUUACCUGUUUUGUUUCACCUACAGUUCAAUGCAUAAUUAUCCAUUGUAUGUAUUCCAAAUAUGCUAUUUUAAUUUAAAUACAUUAAAAUACACUUUUAUAUUUAUUUA